GUGUUGGACCAAUCAGAAUGAACCACGAAACGUAAAUUUGUUGUAUUCGUGUAUGUCACAAAAUGGAAUAAUAUUACUUGGAAAGUGGUUGUAAAUAAUGUUAAAGACAGUACAAAUGGUACAAUUAAUGGAAACGACACAUAGAAACCUCUGGUUGAAGUUAACACCGUAUUUAGCGUUAUUUAUCUUUAUUGACCUUUCGGAAUGUAUAAACCAAGCCGAAGUUGACCGACAUUUAGAGCUAGGGAAACAAUAUUUAGCUAAAGGCCAGUUAGGGGACGCUUUGAGUCAUUAUCAUUCGGCAGUUGAGGGCGAUCCUCACAAUUAUUUAACAUAUUUCAAACGAGGCACUGUUUAUCUCGCUUUAGGCAAAGCGAAAAAUGCAAUCAGCGACUUUGAUUUGGUCCUGGAGAUGAAACCAGAUUUUACAGCGGCUAGAAUUAGUAGAGGAAAUAUUCACUUAAAACAGGCCAAUUAUGACUUGGCACAAUUAGAUUUUUAUAAUGUGUUAAAAACAGAUCCCUACAAUCAGGAAGCUAAUGAUCUAAUUGCGCGGAUAGACCCAGCCAAAGAACGAGUUCGUUUGGCCGAGUAUUAUUACGCUCAUGACGAUUACAUAAACGCAAUUAAUUUAGUCACAGAAGCUCUGGAGACAAGCCCCUGGGCCGCCCAAUUGUACGAACUUAGAGCUGAGAUGCAUAUGAACAAUGGUGAAGAAAUGGCGGCUGUCAGUGAUAUAAGAUCAGCCACAAAGCUUCAAAGUGAUAACACUGAAGGUUACUUCAAGUUAUCGCAGUUAUUAUACAAGUUGGGUCACGCUUCCGAGUCCCUCAAAUCGAUAAGGGAAUGUCUUAAACUUGAUCCUGAACACAAAGAUUGCUUCCCCUUUUACAAAAGRAUUAAAAAAGUGGAAAAAUUUUUGACUGAAGCUGAGACAGCUUUAGAGAAUAAAAGUUAUCARGAGUGUAUCGACGCAGCUUUAAAAGCCGAAAAAAACGAGAAAGAGGUUCAAAAUGUCAUUUAUCAUGCCAAGCGUUUGUUGUGUGCUUGUUAUUCAAAUGAUGAGCAGUCUGAUGACGCGAUAACAGCCUGCACUGAAGCUCUAGGUAUAAAUGAUGAUCCAAAUGUUUACUGUGAUAGAGCGGAGGCGUAUUUACAGUCAGAACUGUACGACGACGCCAUCAGAGAUUACAAGGCGGCUUUAGAAAUGAAUUCGCAGUUUGAACGGGCGCGGGAAGGGCUCAAUAAGGCCGAAAACCGGCAAAAACAGUCAGAACGUCGCGAUUAUUACAAAAUCCUAGGUGUUAAAAGGACAGCUUCCAAGAGGGAAAUUACGAAAGCGUACAGAAAAAUGGCUCAAAAAUGGCAUCCUGACAAUUACCAGAAUGAUGAGAAAAUGAAGAAAAUUGCCGAGAAGAAAUUUAUUGAUAUUGCUGCCGCUAAAGAGGUUUUGACAGAUGAUGAAAAGCGAAGACAGUUUGAUAAUGGUGAAGAUCCUCUUGAUCCUGAAUCAGGACGAGGAGGAAUGCCCAACUUCCAUCAGUUCCACACUUUCCACGGAAGUCCGUUCCAAUUCAAAUUUCAUUUCAAUUAACUUUUUAUUUUGUGUUUUCGUCUGCAAAGUAAAGUCGGCAAAACUCAGGAUAAGUGUGUGAUAAAAAAUCCAAUCACGGAAAUUGCCAGAACAAGCUUAUUUAGUUAUUUUUGUGUAAAAAGGGACUGAUAUCAUGUACAUAAAUUAAAUGAGUAGUUUUUACCAUUUGCCCUUACAUUGUACAUAUUUAUAUGAUAAUAAAAUAUUUAUAUUACAA